CAACAGCGUACACUCAGACGGGUAUACUUACCUCUAAUAUACACAGGACGCAAAAGUCAUGUAUGCCUCAGGUCUGCGCGGUUGCAGAAGUACGACUCGAGUGUGUCCAUCACAUGAUGCGAUACAUAUUCUUGACAGUUCCCGUUUGCAAUCGAGUCGACGUUGUUUGCUCCCCGCUGCAAACGCACCCCCAUCACCGGGCCGACCACCCCGCUCACACUUGUAACUACUUGUGCGGCAGUCUCACACCUACCAUCUGUGUGGAUCUGCCGUUGGCUUCACCUGUUUCGGGAAGCGGCUCUGAGUUUUAUCAUUUCAGCCGCUCAAAGGACAACAAUCCCGAGGCAAAGCCUCCCCCGGGGUCUCGAAUCACAGAUGUAUCGGGUUCUAAACGGCCCAUAACACUUUGGAGGGCGGCGCGCUGGCAGAUGCGUGGACGGACCUGAUACAGAACAGUGACCGGUGUAUGUAUGGCUUCUCACUGAUCAGAACCCAGCCGCUGCGACGGUGCGAUACGUGAUGCUCCCGCAAGGCGACUCGCCCCUUGUUUUCUAAGGAUGCCGGGACAAUCUUAAUCGGGAGUCAAAAUCUAGCAUUGACAUCUCACCGCCACAUCUAUUCCCAGUCUUGAUUACAACUGUCUAGUUCUUCAGCGCUUGGGUAUCUCUCAUCAGGCACGAUACAGGAUGCUUUCGGAAACUCAAUACAGAUCUCUUGUCCUUGAUGAAAGCCGGUGAACGUCCAGUUCACCUACCAUAUGUGCGACACGGCAGACCGCUUUGAUCGUUAUUGGUCGAGACUGUGCCUGCUGGGCACUUUUGUUUGUCCGUACGCAUCCAGCUGAAUGUGGAUAACCAAAAUGGGACUCCAGGAUAUAAAGGAGACAUCGACAUCCGUGUCCACUCACUUUCUAAUGGCAGACCAUAGCGAGAUGUCUCUCGUCGAAGCUAUCGAGAAUCGCAUCCCGGACCGUGCCGCUCUGGCGGCUAAGCUUCUCAUCCAGCACCGCGAAGUGAUUGUCGGCGAAGUCUCUGUGCAGAAUAUCAUGCAUGGCAUGCGCGGACUGGCGAGCAUCUUGUGGGAGGUCUCCGAAACAAGCGCUCUCGGGGUCAAAUACCACGGCAAGACCAUCCAGGAGCUGUCCGAAGAGUUGCCCAAGUGGCCGGGCUCAACUGAAAUGUCUCCCGAGGCUGUGACAUGGUUCCUCUACACCGCACGGGUGCCCAGCGAAUCUCAGCUCAAAGCCUUUGCGGCGGAUAUCGCUUCUCGUAAACUCUCGUCUGCAGCCGAAGCUUUCUGCGAUGCGCUUCCUCGGACAAUCCCUUCAGAGUCCCAGAUCAUCAUGGUUCUAGCGUUCUUGUCAGGAUCAUCCCAGUUUUCUGCAGCGCUUGCCAAGGGAGUGAGGAAGGAGGAUAUCUGGAAGCACACGCUUGAGGAUGCGCUCGACUUCAUGGCCAUGUUUCCUGCCAUUGUCGCCCGGGUUUACACCAACAUCCACGGCAUCGAGCGGCAGGGGACUCUCUCUGACGCCGAUCUUGCCCAGAACUUUGCUCGACAAAUCGGUCGGGGAGAAGACACAGAUUUCAUCGAGUUCAUCCGACUGUCGUGGUCUCUUUUCCAAGAUCACGGAGCGAAUGUCUCGGCCCAUGCGAUGCGGCCCCUCCACGCCAAGGCCAUCUCAGACUCGAUGAACUUCAACUUGGGCAUGCUCUCUGCGUUGGGACCGGACGCAUCCAAAGCCGAGAUCACUGCUUACGCCCGCAAGCAUCUGCUGGCAGGAAAGAUUAUUCCUGGGUACGGUCAUGCUCUCCUCCGGGUCGUUGACCCUCGACUUGUCAUCAUGGAGCGUUUCCUCGACAAUCAUCCGUCUGCUGAUCCCAAGGCUCGGCCAUUCUUGCAUCUGAUUCGACUCGCCAGCACAGUCGUCCCAGAUCUGCUCAAGGGCCGGGCUACCAACCCCCAUCCGAAUGCCGAUGCGCUGAGCGGGAGCAUUCUGUUUGCGUACGGGAUGAAGGCCGACUUUCUUCUUUCUUUCUUCGCGUGCAGCCGCGUGAUGGGGAGUCUUGCCCAACAGGUGUGGGAUCGAGCGCUGGGUCUUGCUAUGGAACGACCGCUUAGCGUGACGAUGGACGAGCUCUUGCUGAAGGUCCAAAGCCCCAAGCAAGACGUCGUGGCUCGGACCUCGCCAACCACCGCUUUAAUGCUCAGCUUCACCGGCAACUAUGUUUUCGUUGUGCGGAGAUGGGUCAAGUUAUGGCUAUGGAAGACCAGGAUGGUCAUGGGUAGAUGAACAGACUCUAGACUAGGUAUUUCUUGAACCAAUCCACAACUUGAUGUGCCGCUUUGUCCCGU